AUGACAUCAGACGCGGCGAACAUUGCUGUCAGAGAGCGGAGACGUCAGUCGGCCCCAGCGGACUUGGAGCGACGCAACAUCAUGAAAGCCCUGACUGCCGCCGAACACUCUCGACGCCAGUUCAUCCUUAACUAUGCAGCAAGUAAAGACACUUCGCUGCUGAUGCCGGGAAAGAAGUCAGAUGUCGUCAAGCUAUCGGAGCAGUGGGUGGUUGGAUGGCUUCACCAGAACAACCUUAACCCCGUCAGCAGUGAAUUUUUCAAGUACACUGUUGACACCCACCUCUGGUCCACCUACGUCGGAAACGCGGUGGAAUUCCCGUUCUCCUUUAUGCUCCCAGUUGACGACUCCACUGCCACCAGCCCCGUCAGUCGGCGUGAGUCCGAUAGCACCCAGGUUCGUUCCCUCAGCGAGGUGGACUCCUUGGAGAAGGCCCAGACCAAGGAGAGCACACAGAGCGAAAAACAAACCUCAUCCCAGCGCAAGGCGGACACGCGGCAGCUCCCCGUGCUCUCAGCUCAAACAGCCGCCAAGCAGUGGUCGUCCAUGAGGAAACGGCAGUCGCCAACAGUGAGAGAGGUGCGGGCAGGAGAGGAGGACAAAAAACGGAGCUUUUCGUUGACGAGUAUUGACGACCUCAAAAUGACCAAGGCGAGCCCCACGAAAGUGCCUCUGUUUACGCGGUUGGGACGCUCAUGGUCACGACGGAUGUCUUCUACUUGACAUGCUUGAGCAAACAGUUCUAGUGUGACCGACGUAGCAUGCUGGAAUGCAUGCUGUCGUCUCACCGCCACUGCGUCGGUUGAGGUUCUGGGAGUGGAACCUGGAUCUCGAUCCAGCGGCCUAGCCAUCGGUGGAUGUUUUUGGAGUGGCAAAAGCCUGUUGUCUCUCCAACGGAACCCGGCAGACAACGUCUUCGUUCUCGACUGGAAGUGGUUGGGACCCACGGGAAGGGACAUUAUAGAUUUGCUUGGCUUUUGCUUGGUAUUGGGGAGUGUUUUCGGCGGUUGUUCUUGGCUGGAACACAAGCGUUUUUCAGGGGGGGAUGCCGGAUGGGACGGCGGUGAGUGGGGGUUACCGGAGCUGUGGAAGGUCCUUCAGCGGCUCAUGUUCUUAGUGAAAAUCCUUCCUGCUUUAAAUAUGAAUACGUGGGCGGAACUUUGUAUAGUUAUGAAUGAUGCUAUGGAAUUCGAAGGUUAGCAUAAGCACCUAAGUACAGAUGGAAACAUAAGACUGCAGCCUUGCCACGACCUUGCUGGUAGUCUUCACU